GUACGUCUCAAAAAUGAACGGCACCAACUAAUACAAAGCUACGGAUAUCCCAUUCAGGUUCACGAAAUUGUCACUGAAGACGGUUACAUAUUGCAAACCUUCCGUAUACCCUAUGGCAAGAGAACAAAUACUUCGAAACCUAGGCACCCGGUCCUCUUGGUUCCCGGAAUGGGAUGUACUUCCAUUGUAUACUUAGCGAUGGGUCCCGAUCGCGGGAGUAUAGGGUUUAUGUUAGCCGAUGAAGGUUUCGACGUAUGGCUUGCAAAUUGUAGAGGGACGAAAUGGUCUAAAAAACACAAAACUCUCGAUCCGGUUCGGGACAAAAAACUUUUCUUUGACUUUAGCUUUCAAGAGGUAGGCCUGUAUGAUAUUACAGCAAACAUCGAUUACAUAUUAAAUGCAACGAACUUCAAGCAAUUGUUUUACAUUGGAAUUUCUCAAGGAACCACGGAUUUCUUUCUAAUGGCUGCGGCCAAACCCGAAUAUAACGAGAAGGUAACGCUAGCGAUAGCUCUAGCGCCAGUUGCAUACUGUUCCAAUGUUCAGCACCCGUUAACUUCGUUUAUAAAGCGACGCUUUAAGCAAGUAAAGGCAACAGCAGACAAUAUGGGUGUAUAUGAGAUACUUUCUGAAUCUUCUGUAUCCUCUCUAUUUGUAAGAGCUUACGUAGACAUUUUUUGUAAGGAAUAUAGUAGCAUUAAGUUUAUCUGUACUACUCCAGUAUAUCUAAUGGGAGAGUUUGACUACAACUAUAAUAAGUCGGCGGUGCCUGUGAUAUUCAGCGAAAUGCCCAGCACCAUUUCAAUGAAGACGGUGUACCAUUACACUCAGAUGGCACUAUCAGGGCAAUUCGAAAUGUACGACGACGGCAUAACAGGCAAUCUAAGGAAGUAUGGACAGACCACCACACCGCAGCUUAACAUCAGUAAAAUAACGACGCCUGUUGCAUUGUACUGUGGACCUAACGACAGAUUUUCUACUCGGGCGGACGUUGAGCUACUCGCGCUGGAGCUCCCAAAUUUAGUUAAAAAAGUAUAUGUUGGGGAUUAUGGGCAUGUAGAUUUUGCCAUUGCAAGGAAUGCCGCAUCUAUGGUAUAUGACGACAUUAUAGAGACAAUGAAAAACUGCUCUAACAAAACUGCAAUAUCUUAGCUGCGAAAAUAUUAAUUUAAUCAAUUGUGUAUGCCACUGACAAGAUAUCACCUAAAGUGAAUUUAUUUAAUCUUAAAUUGAACAUAAUCCUUAUCGUAGAUAUAGUGUUGCUUUCCCAAAUGGCACACGUCGGUGGAGCCAACGUGACCUUCAAUGUUAGAAGACCAACUCCAAAUCCAAAUCCAAAAUUGUGUAAAUAAA